GCCCUCUCCAGUCAGCUUCGCACUAGUGCGCAUGUUCUGUUCAGUCCUUCCCGGUACAGAAAGAUGGCGGCAAGUAACGGUGGAGGAAUGGAAGUAGAUGGGGCAGCACCCCCCAAUGUUAUGGCCUCAGGGGUCACUGGCAGUGUGUCAGUGGCUCUGCACCCACUUGUCAUCCUUAAUAUUUCUGAUCAUUGGAUCCGCAUGCGCUCUCAGGAAGGUCGCCCUGUGCAAGUAAUAGGCGCUCUGAUUGGGAAACAAGAAGGGAGGAAUAUUGAAGUGAUGAACUCUUUUGAACUAUUGUCCCACACCGUAGAAGAUCGAAUUGUAAUUGAUAAGGACUACUACUACAUCAAAGAAGAGCAGUUUAAGCAAGUCUUCAAAGACAUGGAGUUCCUGGGCUGGUAUACAACUGGUGGUUCCCCUGACCAGUCAGAUAUUCAUGUUCAUAAGCAGGUGUGUGAAAUUAUAGAGAGCCCACUGUUCCUCAAGCUCAACCCGAUGACCAAGCAUACUGAUCUUCCUGUUAGUGUUUAUGAAUCAGUAAUUGACAUCAUCAAUGGUGAGGCAACAAUGCUUUUUGCAGAGCUUACGUAUACUCUUGCAACAGAGGAGGCAGAACGAAUUGGUGUGGACCAUGUGGCAAGAAUGACUGCUACAGGAAGUGGGGAGAAUUCUACAGUGGCAGAGCACCUUAUUGCACAGCACAGUGCCAUCAAGAUGCUUCAUAGCCGAGUUCGGGUCAUUCUGGAAUAUGUUAAAGCAGUGGAAGCUGGAGAGGUGCCAUUUAAUCAUGAAAUCUUACGGGAGGCUAAUGCCCUCUGCCAUCGACUUCCUGUUCUCAGCACCCAUAAGUUCAAAACGGAUUUCUAUGAUCAAUGCAAUGAUGUCGGCUUAAUGGCUUAUCUUGGCACAAUCACCAAGACUUGCAAUAGUAUGAACCAGUUUGUGAACAAGUUCAACAUUUUGUAUGACCGUCAAGGAAUUGGACGACGAAUGAGAGGACUUUUCUUUUAAGCCUUUUUUUUUUCCAGUGGGAAAGGAUUUUGGUGUGUGUGGGGGUACAUAUCUCUAUAGCCACAAUCAAGAAAUGCAAACCAGCCGCUUGGCAAAAGCCCAGUGGACAAAGACGUUGGAAGGAGCAGCACUUGACUCUCUACAGUUGACUCAUUUUUGGUUCAGUAAAUAAAACACUGUAGUAGACUGCC